AUGGUCGCCGCCAAGAAGCACGUCCCCAUCGUCAAGAAGCACAAGGCCCGCUUCGUCCGUCACCAGAGUGACCGGUUCGAUCGUGUCGGUGCCAGCUGGAGAAAGCCCAAGGGUAUCGAUGGACGUGUCCGCAGACGUUUCAGGGGCACCAUCCGCAUGCCCAAGAUCGGCUAUGGCUCCAACAAGAAGACCCGUUUCUUGAGCCCCUCCGGCCACAAGGCUUUCCUCGUCCACAACGUCAAGGACCUUGAGCUGCUGCUGAUGCACAACCGAACCCACGCUGCCGAGAUUGCCAGCGCCGUCUCAUCCCGAAAGCGAAUCGACAUCAUCUCCCGCGCCAAGCAGAUCGGUGUCAAGGUCACAAACGCCAAGGCCAAGGUCACAACGGAGGUCUAA